GUUUUCUGCUCGACAAGCUUCGUGCGCGCGUGUCAUACGCAGCAGAUCAACAGCUGAUCGUUUAUUUUGGACGGAGAUAGGACGGAGAUUGCGCGCACGAAUUUGGCGAGGCAGUAAAACGCAGUUACCAAAUCUUUACCGUGUUUUAUCGUCGACCGACGUUUUUUUAUCGCAAAGAAUUUCCACCGUAAGAACAAGAGGAUCGAAACCUAAGAGCAAACUUUUUGAGAGAAAGAGAGAGAGAGAGAGAGAGAUUGUGGCUCGAAUCCACAAAAAAAUACAAAGAAGUACCCGAAAUCAUAAUUGAACAAAGGAGAACGUCGCCGGAGUCAUGUCAGCGCUGUCGGAGAGUUUUACGAUUAAGCAACCUAUUAGACGUCUGGAGAUUCAAAUCAAUAAUUUCAACGUUGCCAUUCCGCAUCAUGUGAACCUGCUGAAGCGACACAGGAACAAUAUCAAGAAGUAUCAAGAUCAGCACGAUUGGGAACAGGUACGAAGGGAGCAUGUGAACGUCUCUCGGAUCGUCAAGCAGCUGAAGGAGUUGCUGUACCAGAUGGACACUCUUAGAGCACAGGUCCUCGACAUUGACAUCGGUAAAUUUGACAAGUUGACAACUGAUGCGCGAUCGAGCAUCAUGAGCGCGAUUAAGGAGUACUUGGAGAUGGAAUUGAAUUUCCCGACAUCGCCGCCUACGUCGCCUGUAAGCGAGCCAGCAGAACCCCUGCAUCCGCUCGAUGACAGUAAUAUCCAGUUGCAAGCCGAGCAGGAAUAUUUACAGCGCCAACAGACGUGUCUGCACGUCUGGAAUCGACUACAGGGGGAAAUACAUCAGUUGCACGAGCUCUUCGUCGAAUUUAAUAAAGUUGUACAUGAUCAAAAAGAGAUGGUGGAUAAUAUGGAGGACAACAUUGAAGAGACUGAAAGGAAUGUGAACGAAGGUGCGAGACAGUUGCAGAAAGCCUCCGCAUAUAAAGUCGCUGCGUAUCCCAUAGCAGGCGCUCUACUGGGCACAUGUAUCGGAGGACCAAUAGGUUUGUUAGCUGGGUUGAAAAUUGGCGGUCUUGCUGCCGUGGGUUGCGGUAUUUUAGGUUUCACAGGUGGAUCAUUGUUGAAAAAGAAACAAGUAGAGUCGCAAAAGCAAGAACCGUGUCUAGAUAAAUCAACAAUAAAUCUAAAAAAUGUUAAGAAAUCUGCCUCUUGUCCUGAGGAUUUGAAGCAAGAUAAAAAACAUUUGUGACAAACGGUGAUUUUGUCGACAUGCGACAUUAAUUUUAAACAUAAAAAGAAAUGCACUGUUAUAUAAUUGUACAUUACUGAGAUACUUGUAUAUCUUCCUAUUUGUUUUGUGAAUAUGGUUUUAUUUGUACAUAAAAACUGUAUAAGCUUUAUAAAGCUACGUAGUUUCUUUCAGGGAGAGUUUUUUAACUUUCGCGAUAUUUAUAAUUUUGUACGCUUAAAAGACAAUGGCUAGUCUUGUCUAAACUGUGAACCUUUUAAAAUAUAUAAAUUAUAUGUAACCUAUUUAACAGUGUAUCAUAAGAUCAUUGUACUUUUCACAGUACUUGUUACAGUAAAUAUAAGAAAAAAUAAGGUUAAGGAUAAGGAGAUGUUUCUCUUUUAAAAUGGUGACUUAUAUGCCUUUUAUGUGCCUUGUAGCUGGUUUAAUUAUUAAAAUACUGAUCAUCACCUUUAACUUUUUAAACGAUGCAGCCACUUGUAAUUGCUUUUCUACGAAUCAAUAUAUAUAAAUCCGAAGGUCAAAUUUGAUGAAAAUGCAUAAUUAAAAAAAUUUACUUUAAUAGACAUUAAUUUUCAGUGUUAUUUUGCACUUUAACGUAGAUUGUCUCUAGAAGAGAUCACUUUUCAAAUUUCAAUCAAGAGAAAUGCAUAUUACAUAAAAUAUACAAGCCAUGCAUUGAUCAUGUUGCAUGCAAAUUAUUAAACUAUUUACUGAGUUUUCACUACAUAUAAAAUACAUGAUGUACCGAAAUGGCGAUUAUAAUAAUCACUCGAAAUAUAUGAAACAUCGAAAUAUUUAUUCCGGCAAAUAAUUACAUACUGGAAAUGGUAGACAUACGUGGUAAAUAAUACGGUGUGAUAACGUUCACAAAAACAUUUGAGUUCUCUACAAAAGGCACCCAAUACAGUAUAUUUAGCAAGUGUAAUAAAAUACAUCGGUGUUAGACACAGUACAAUACUGAAAUAAUUGUGUGUUAUUAAGUGUAAUAUAUACAUUUCAUUUAUAAUGGGAAUACUUAAUUUAGAGACUAAAAUGUUCUACUUAAAAAAAUAUUAAUAAAUAUCUAAGAACGUGUAAUAUUAA